AUAGGGAAUGGGAACUGGGGAUUGGGAAUGGAGGCAGGGACAGGGACUGGGCUGGAUUUGGGUGCUGGGAUGGGAUUGGGAUCAGGAGCGGGUGGGCCGGGGGACAAGGGCCGGGCACUGGCUGCUGCCCCCCCACAGGACCCCCCCCCGGAGACCCCCCCGGACGGCGGCGCUGCCGGGCCCCGACGGAGCCCCCGGCAGCCCCCCAGAACCCAGCGCCUGCCUGGGCUGCUCUUCGCCCUCUUCUACGGCCUCCUCAUGGCGUUGCUCGUGGCCGCGCACCGCGCGCUCUUCGGCUGCUGAGGGACCCCCCAAAACCAUGGGGAGCCCCCCCAAAACCAUGGGGAGCCCCCCCAAACCACGGGGAACCCCCCCAGAACCAUGGGGAGCCCCCCCAGAACCCGGGGGAACCCCCAAACCCCCGGGGGGGGUCCCCGCCUUCGCACCUUUCCUUGCCCCCCUUCUUUUCUUGUGCCUUAACGCUGGGGAAACUGAGGCAGGGAAGGGGGAGGGGCUGAACCCCUUGUGGCCCCCCCCUUAAUUAUUGGUAUUGUAAUUAAUUAUGAUGAGUUAUUAUGAGUUUUAUUAUUAUAACGAGUUUCGGUAUUAUAAUGAGUUGUUACACGGGACUGUGAGCGUAAUAAGUUAAUUAUUGCAGUUAAUUAUGGUGAAAGAACACUAAGAUGCGGAUGACCAAAAUUUAUUGUAAUUAAUUAUUAUUAAAAUUAUUAUAUUUAACUACGA